AGGCCGUUGGUUUUCUCUCUAGGUCGAGUUUGUCUGUCAAAUGGCUUGCGGAUAGUUCGUAUGGCAGUGGACUCGUCUUAUCAAACUUGGAGCAAUUUGCCUUAUCACAUAGUGAAAAGAAUAUACGAAUAUUUAGGUGAUGAUUGCAUUCUGUCAUCAACUGUAUGCAAGCACUGGCGGGACGUCGUAUUUGCCAAUAGAUCUUUAUGGAAAAAAAUAUGUAUAUUUCCUUCUAGUUUUCCAAAAUUUGAAGCUUUCAAGAAUCCGAUUAUGCCUAUAAGAAUAUGUUCAGAGAUCAAGUUGGAAUUCAAUCCAUUUGAUGAGUCCCACCUGGCUAUUGUAGAAGCAAUUUUGAAUUCAUUGUGUUCAAACAUCAUGUUACAUUCCAUUUCAUUGCGACCUACCGUAAAUGAGCCAUACUCUGAGUGCGUUGCUGAUAUCCUGGAUAGAAUUCCUAAAACGAUGAUAACUUCUCUGUGUGAAGUGAUUAUGAAGGCCAAGUGUUUGAAGCAUUUUUAUUGGGUUGGGGGCUUUCAUGACAACGAUGAAGUAAACCGUGUUUUGCGAUCAUUGAAAUCAAACCAAAAGCAUAAUUUAUUGUCCUUACAAAUUAUCAGAUUAUUUCACAUGAAUCAAUCUAUGUUAUAUUUGGACUCAAAAUCUUUUCUAUUUUUCAACCUCAGCCAAUUUUCUACUAACUACCUACAUCUUUCGGAGGACAUACUUUUAGUUUUAACCAAGAAUGCAAGUCAACUUCGUAUUUUAAAACUUUUUGUACAAAAUAGUAUUCAAGGUCUUCCUUUGAUUCGAAAUCAAGUUUGGAGACAUGUACAUGAAACACUUCCUAACUUCCGUGUGAAUUUAUUUCUUAUUUGUGUGAAAGAUCUUAAAAUACUAGUCCAAUCAAAUUUAAUGAACCAACAUAUGUCUUUCAUAUCAGAUUCUUCUGAAGAGCUUAAUGACCAGUUGCCACUAGAUUCUUCAAUGUCAGCGUUAUAUUCCAUCAGUCACACACCAUCAUCUUCAUCACACACAUUUCAACAACAACAACAACAACACCAACAACAGCAAGAAUACGAACAACAGAGCUCAGAACAUCACUAUCAUCAUCAUCAUCACCAUAAUUCACAUAAUCAUUCACCUGUUGGACAAAUCCAAAUGAAUCAAUUACUUUCAGAGAGACUUUUGCCUUCUGCUUUGCCUUUGGAUUCAAUUUCUAUCUAUUAUAGUAAACCAGAUCCGUUAUCUUAUCUUAUACAAUAUUUAAUGGAUACAUUUGCUACAAGUUUAAAGCAUUUCUAUUUAAUUGAUACUUUCAGCACAGUAUCUGUGAUGUCGAAUAAUUCUAGCAAUGUUUUACAUAAUCCUUCUUAUUAUACAACCGACAGUCAUAAUAUAAUUAGAUUUAUAGCUAAUGCGCCAACAACUACAAUAUUAAAAUCUGAUACUGCCAUUGACUAUGAUAAUUAUGAUUGUGUUGACUCUGACUAUCAGUCAAUGUUCAGUUCCCAUUCAUCAUAUCACUCAUUAUUAUUGGAUAGUACGAGCGAUUUUGAUAUUUUGAGUUGUGAUUCUUCUCAUGAUUUCUUGGAUUAUGAAGAAAAUAGUAGUAAUCAUAAUUAUUACUCAGGUAAUUUGUUAAUCCCCAUCUCCACCAGCCUACCGUUAUCUUCAUCGUCAGGAUCAUCUUCAUCAAUGCCGGUGUUGAGGUCACUUGUAUCAUCGGAACAACAAUCACACCAGUUACCACCGUCAACAUCAAAGUCAUCUAGUGAAGUGGUUGGUCCUAAUGAAUGCAAUACAAAAUCAACAAUUGUAUCAUUAGGAGAAAAGAAUAAUUCAGGUGUUGUGAAGUCAACAACCGCAUUCAGAGACGGUACUGUCAACAAAGCUGGUGAUAAUGUUGUCAACAGUGCAUUUCUUCCAGUGGCCAAUUAUUCUGAUGAUAUUACUCAAACAAGUAGCACGAAUAUUGAUUUUAUGUAUGAUAAUCAUCUAUACAAUCCUUAUUAUCAAACGCUGCGUGAAGAUCCACAAUCACUACCUUCAUCAUCGCCACACCUUAUUUUUUAUUCACCAAAUUUGUAUAAAACACUGGAUGAUGUUGAUCCAGACCCAUUCGUUAUGCUGGCAUGGCGAUGUCAGCAAUUAUCACACUUCACACUGAUUGGUUAUUGGUUCAAUAUUGUAGACAUGAAGGCUUUUACAGCUCUACGUGGUACAUCACUCAAAUCUUUUCAUAUCCCACGUUGUUGUAUUUCAGUUGAUGACCAAUCUUGGUCAUUUAAUUUAGAUGAGAAUUUGAAUGAAUUGUCACGCAAUUUGGGUUACAAGUGGACACCCUUACAAGAUUUGGAUCUUCCUUCAACUGUUUGGAGUCAUCAACCGCCUGAUGUCAACGCUUGUUUUUAUGAAAUUCAGAAUUCUUUUGGUUUAGAUAAUAUUACAGAUUGAUGAAUGAAUAUUGAGAAUUACUACUUCUUUUAAUAUAUAUACAUCGCAAACAUCAUUGCUGUUAUCUGACUUGUUACGUUUAUUAUUGAUUUUUUAUUUACCUCUAAUCGCGCAUAUAUAUAUCUCAUAAUAUUUAUUCCUUUAUUUAUUUAUUUAUACUUAUUGGUACAAUAGAUAUUCAUGCACACCCCCUACGCUUUGAAUUUGAUAGUGUUUCACUUUCCUUGGCUUAUUUUUCUCUUCUUCUUUCAAAGUAAUAUUCUAUUUGACUAAAUGAAUCUCUUUUGUGUGUGUGUUUUAUCGCGCUGCUGCUAAGAUCUGUGUUAUAUUUCAUUUACUUUAUGCCUGUUUUUGAGUAGUAUAAUUUUCUCCUGCUACUGACCUUAUUUUUGACCUGGUAAGAUAACGUCUCUCUACAACGUCGAAUUUAUUCAUUUUUGGUAUGUAGAUCCAGUCUGCUUUCAUGUUAGUUAUAAGGGUAUGUGCGCGCGUGUACACCUCUUCAGUAUUGUGCUGCAUAUUUAUAUCUCAGGUAAUGAAUUUGAUAGUAGUUUCUUUUUCAUCUUUUAGAUUUAGUUGGUUAAGCUUUUGAGAUACAGUAUGAAUGCUUUCUUUAAUCUUUGUUUUUAAUGAGGAAGUCGAUUUGUCUGAUGAAAUUUAAUUGCCACUCCCCCCACCCCCACGCCAUCUGCUUUACGCCUACAUACAUGUGAAUGCACACAUUUUCUGCCUUUCACAUCACUGUUAGUGUUGUCGAAAUUCUCUAUAUGAGUUGUUGUUUUUGUUGUUGUUAUUUUCCCUACCUACGCAUAUUAUAUUUAUUUAUUCAUUGAUUUAUUGUCACUUUUUCGACUAUCAUUUAGUGUGUAGAGAGAUACUACUGAUUUAUUGUGAGAACUAACCUUUGAUUUUCCUUAAAAAAAGCAUAGUAAAGAGUAAUAGUUUGGGGGUGAUAUACAUAUAUUCUUUGCAAUAACUUGUUAUUAUAUAAUGAAAAUACUGUUUGUUUCCUUUAGUUCCUAGAGGAACAUAUUGCUUGAGCCGCAAGUCUCCAUUGCGUUCGGCUCUCUGCCAACGUUUUCACCUGGCUUCACGUCUACCCACAUGCUUUCAUCUC